AUGACACAAGUAGCUCAAGUUUUUGAAGCCUUGGACAAUGUAGCUAUGUAUGGUAGCAAAAAUACAAAUAAUACUGGAAACUACAAAGCAAAGAGGAGUCAGGUUCAGUGUAAGUAUUGCCAUUACAAGGGACAUACAAAAGAAAAUUGCUAUAAGCUAGUUGGAUACCCUUCGGAUUUCAAAUCCAAGAAGAAGGGAAUCAACACUGGACAGUAUGCAAAUCAAGUGUGUGGUGCAGAGUUGAAAUGCACGGAUAGAUAUACUGUGGGGAGCAACGUAGCUUCUAGUGUGACUCAACAAGGCAGGGGAGGGAUUUACUCUAAUUCAGAUUGUUCAUAUGUUGUCCAAAGGAAGCACAGAAGUAUCAGACUCAUCAAGCAAAUCAGCUGCUGCAGGUAUUUUGAGCAAGUGAAUGCUUUUAUGUCUCAUUGUGUUACUGACAAGUGGAUUGUUGAUACCGGGGCAACAAAUCAUAUGACUUCAUGCCUAGACAUACUGCACAAUUAUAGGGCACUUCCAAACAUAGAAGAAAACAAAGUACCCUUACCCACUGGAAGUGUGGACCUCUUCAGUGGUCAGGUGAAGGGGAUUGGUAGAGAGGAGCAUGGAUUGUACAUACUGCAUGGGAGCACUUCUAUAUCAGCCUCAUCUCAGGCAACAAAUAAGUGUGUCAACACAGCAAAUGAUGUUUUCAUUUCUUCUUCUAUUUCCAGUACUUCUUCUAGUGUGUCUAGUUCUAACAUUUGCAGUUUAUGGCAUAAGAGGUUAGGACAUGCUCCUAUAGACAUAAUAAAGAAGAUAGAGACACUGAGUAAGCUGACAACAGUGCUGAGUUCAAGCAGUUAUUGUCUAGUCUCGGCAUUGUCCAUCAGAGUACAUGCCCAGCAGAAUGGGGUGGCAGAAAGAAAACAUAGAACUAUUUUGGAAAUGGCCAGAUCUAUCAGGUUUCAAGCAGCUGUGCCUCUAAGAUUUUGGGGAGAAUGUGUUACUAUAGUAGUGUAUUUACUCAAUAGGUUACCUUUUAAGGUAAUUGGGUACAACUCACCUUUUGAGAAGCUGUAUUUGCAUCUACCUUCUUUAUCUCAUCUCAAAGUAUCUGGUUGUUUGUGUUAUGUAACAGCUCCUAAAGUUUUGGACAAGUUUUCACCUAGAGCAGUGCCUGCUGUGCUCUUAGGCUACUCCUCUACUCAAAAGGGGUAUAUAUUGUAUAACUUGCAUUCCAAAACCUUUAUGGUCAGAAAUGUUGUGUUUCAUGAAAUUGUGUUUCCUUUCAAACAUGUUAGAGAUUCAGGAACUCUAGUUUUCCCUGUUCUGGAUCUGUUAUCUUCUGAGUGGAAUGCUGCAACUCCUAUCUCCUCUUCAGCACCCACAGUCGAAGAUUCAACUGAGCCUGCUGCAGAUUAUAUGUCAUCAGAGUCCUCUGCAGACAUUCCUACCUUUCCUACAGACACAACUACUUCUGAACUUAUCAUUCCCACUGUGAGGGACUCUCAGAAUGAUGCUUGUGCUGACACAUCUGCAACUUAA